AUGAGCGAAAGGGAGGAAGGAUCGAACGAGGAGGAGACGACGGAGGAAACUGAAAUCGAAGGAAAACCAUCACCACGGGAAGAGUUUAGCGAAACGAGCACCCCUAAAGAGGAAGAAGAAGAAGAAGAAGAAGAAGAAGAAGAAGAAGAAGAGCGAGAGAUCCAGACGCCACCAUUACCAUCACCACCUUUACCGCCGACGACGAAAGAACAAAAACAGUCUCGAACGAACGAGCUCGGCUUACACGAGCAAUGGCGGUCGAUACAGCGCUGCGAGCGACGCAAAACGAGAGAGGAAAGGAAAGACAGAAGGGAAAUUGCCAAGGAGAGACUCGUUGACCGGUUGGACGAGAAGACGGAGAAGUUGGAUCGAGAGUUGGAUGUGGCAGAGAAACAGACGCGGGCGAUGGCAAAAGCACACUUAGAAACGGCGGAGAGGAUUUACGACGCCGCGUUGAAGUGUAAGAAACAAAUGCGGAUGGAUUUGGAGGAGAGCAUGCGCAAGGCGUUCGCGGCGUUUGCGAAAGAAGCGGAGGAGGUCAGAAAGACGCACGAAGAGCGCGUGGCUGUAGCCGAGCGGGCGAUGAAGGAAAUGACCACGCGAUUUGAAAACCAUGAGUUGAACUCGAACUUUCCGAGACACGCGAGUACGAUGGCGGAGAUUAAAAACCAAGCGGAGGAAGAGCGAGCGAAUUUACGGUCUACGCUCGGCGCCAGAUUGGAAAGGGCGAGGAGAGACGUGUAUCGAGCGAGUGGAUGUGAAAGGGAGAGAGCGGCACCACGCGACGACGGAGACAUGCGUGUUACUAAAAACGACGACGAAGAAAGGAAGGAUGAUAACGACGACGACAGUAAUACCGAUCUCGACGAAAACGAAGGAGACGAAUUGAUGACGCUCUUGAAUACCACCGCGACCAACUCCGCCUACGACGCGUAUCACCCGAAACUCCUCCACCACCGCUUCCGCCGCAUAAACCGUCUGAAAGACGCCAAACUCCAGCGCAUGGAAGUAACCCUCUCCAAACUCACUCGCGAGCGUGAAAAGUGGCAACGAAAAACCGCCUCGCUCGAACAGGAGCACUCCGAAGACGCCCGUAAAAUCGAAACGCAAACGAGAGCCGCGUUGCGACAGGCGCGAGACGCGCGACGACUUCGAGCGAAAAAAAGUAAAGAACACUGCGAGCAGUUAAAACAGAAAUUGGCGAGAGAGUAUUAUCACAGUCGUCUUGACAUCGCAAGUCCCAACUUCUCUGCGAAAAGCGACGACUUUAGACGCUUUAAGGAACUCUUCAAAUUUGCCUCAUAA